AUGGCUGGGAGGCCGUUAUCCCCGUUUCUCGCGAUGAACGACGCACAGCAGCCUGCUAAUCCCGCGGCCGUCGUCGCCGCAAACCAUAACGGCGGAUCUCUUUCGACCAUGCAGCAGCACGCGUUGACAUCCGCGCUUAUCCAGCACAUGCAACAACAGCAACUACAACAACAGCAGCAGCAGCUUCUGCGACAGCUGCAGCAGCAAUCCCAUCCGCCGCAAGUAGCGGGGACUGAAGAUCCCCAGCCUGUUGGUCUCUCGCUACAGCUCUUCCCUUCCGCGCCGCCCGCGCCUACGGGGAACGAUGCGGAACUCCCCCGGGGCGAAGCUUCAGCGCGCGCCACUGAGCCUGACCUGCGCCUCAGCCUUCCUCGCGCGCAAACUCCCGAGAGCUCGGGGGAGAACAGCAAUCUGGACACCGCGGCCCCGCCCCCGCCCCCCGCCGCGCCGCGCCCCCUCUUCGCCUUUCCUCCUGGUGGCGCUGCUUCCGCCUCCCCGCAGUGGUUGGCGACGGUCCCUCCCGGCAAUACUGCGCACAUAACCGCGCCCCUCGCCCACCGGUCCCCCCAUCAAGCUGGUGUCGCAGCGCUACCCGCCACUCCGUCUCCGGACGACGUCCCAGGCGGGGGUUGGAUGGGCGCGGGGGAUCGUCGCGUCCCGUGCGGCGCGGGUUCCCCUGUGGAGGGACGUGCUGGAGGGUUGAGCGGGACUGGAAGCGCGGGAGGAUCUGGAGGAGAGCAGGAAGAGGGCUUGGACGCGCAGGAAGCGGGGGGAAAGUCGUCCCGGCCACGGACGGUCGCAGAGAGGAAGCGACGAAAUGGAAUAAGCCUGAAGCUAGAGCAGCUGAAGAGAGCCAUACCCCAGUGUAACACACGGGUGACCACGGAAGCCCUUCUUUGUCCCGUGCGCUUCGUGCAUACGUUAGCGCGGCUUUCCCUCCCGAGAAGCGCUAUGGCGGCAUUCGUCGGAGCAGCUGCCGUUGCGGCUCCAGUGCAGGUCCCUACCGUAAAGCAACUAUCGGGAGGGUCCAGUAGUAGCAGGAACAGCAGCGUUUCGGCGCGCUGUGCCGUGCCUAAGAAGCUCGGUUCCGAGAUUCUGGGAACGCAGUUUUCCGCCACGUCAAGCGUGCAAGCAGCCUCGCAGAAUGUUCGCGCGCGGUCGGUGGAGGUCCGAGCUGUGGCGACGGAAGCACCCACGAAGAUGUCGAGAGUCGUGAAAUGGGAUCAGGAAAAGAGACUGCAGACCCAGACAACCACAAUCGCUGCGGAUACGACCACCAUUCGCUCUCUCGACUGGGACCGCGACCGUUUCGAUAUCGAGUUCGGUCUUCUCAAGGGUACCACCUACAACUCCUUCCUAAUCCGCGGCGCCAACAAGGUCGCCUUAAUCGACGCGUCGCACGAGAAGUUCCGCGAGCUCUACCUCUCCGCUCUUAAAGCGGAAAUCGACAUCAAAGACAUCGAUUACGUCAUCGCGAACCACACAGAACCGGACCACAGCGGUCUGAUCCGAGACCUUAUCGAACUGAACCCCAACAUAACCGUCGUCGGGUCCAAAGUGUGCAUUAUGUUUCUGCAGAAUCUAGUCUUAAAGCCGUUUAAGAGCCUCGUGGCGCAGCCGGGAAAGAUUCUGGAUCUGGGCGGCGGGCACGAGCUGGAUUUCAUCAUGGCGCCGAACCUGCACUGGCCUGAUACCAUGUUCACGUUCGAUAAAGGCACAGGCGUCAUGUUCACGUGCGACGCGUUCGGCAGCCACUACUGCUCCGAGAAGGUGUACGACGAGGAUCUGAGCGAGUUGGAGCCGCACUACCGCUUCUACUACGACUGCCUCAUGAAGCCCAACUCGCGCUCCGUCCUCACCGCCCUGCGCAAGGUCGCCAGUGCGGGGUGGGAGUUCUCUGAGAUAGCGGUGGGGCACGGUCCUCUGCUGCGCUACAACGUGCCUGAGCUCACGCUCAAGUACGAGCAGUGGAGCAAGGCCGCCAUCGAGAAGCAGAAGUCGUCCAUAGCAGUGCUGUACGUGAGCGACUACGGGUACAGCGACCGCCUCUCACAGUGCGUCGCGCGAGGAAUCACCAAGGCGGGGGCGGGCGUGGAGAUGAUGGACCUCAAGGCCGCCGACACGCAGGAGCUCGUGGAGUGCAUCGGCCGUAACGCUGCCGUGGUGCUCAUGAUGCCCCCCACCUCUGGCCCUGCUGCUGCUGCCGUCGCCCCACUGGUUGCUGGGAUCAAGACCAAACAGUCCGUGCUGCUGUGUGAGUCGUACGGAGGGGACGAUGAGCCGGUGGACACGCUCAUGUACAAGUUCAAUGACCGCGGAGUCAAGAUGCCCAUUGAACCCCUGCGCAUCAAGGAGCCCCCCACCGAGGCCGUCUAUCAGCUGUUUGAGGAGGCGGGCACGGAUCUGGGGCAGGGGCUGACGCAGAAGGCAGUGAGGGAGGAGACGAGGCGCAGCAUGUCUCUGGCGGUGGCCAAGGCCAUUGCGCGCGUGUCAGGAGGGCUGUAUGUGGUGGCUGCCUCCAAGGGGGCGUCCCGGGGUGCUAUGAUCGCCUCCUGGGUCUCCCAGGCGAGCUUCAAGCCACUGGGCAUCACAGUCGCUGUGGCCAAGGACAGAGCCAUUGAGUCGCUCAUGCAGGUGGGCGACUCCUUUGUGCUGAACUGUCUGGAGGAGGGCAACUUUGCGCCUCUUAUGAAGCACUUCCUUAAGCGCUUCCCCCCUGGUGCUGAUCGUUUCGAGGGCAUUGACUGGGACCCAGCCAGCAACGGGUCGCCUGUGCUGGCAGGAGCCCUGGCGUUCCUGGAGUGCACUGUGGUGAGCCGCAUGGAGACUAACGAUCACUGGAUCACAUAUGCCGAGGUCACUGCAGGGAAGGUGUCCAAGCCUGAGGGGCGCACUGCUUCUCACCACCGCAAGUUGGGCGAUUAUUAUUAA